AUGUCUCUCUCGCGCAGCCCCUCUCCCGUCCCCGGCGGCGGGUGGGCAAGCCCUGGGCUCAACAUCAGCGCAAGCGGCCGAUCGAGUCCGACGAGGGGCUACUCGGGCUCCAGCGGCACACCCGUCAUGUGGGAGUCGGCGAGGUUAAAGACCGGAUACCCAUCCUUUUCGACACAAAACCCUAGCUUCCUCACGCGACACAUGUGCCGCAUCUCGAGUAGCUUGUCGCGCUUCAGUGCUAUAAACCCCCACACCGACAAAGAGAAGCCUGCCCGUGGUCGGUGGUCGAUCCAGAGAGUGCCCCUGGUUGGACGACUAAGGGGUAUGAUGGGGCGUCUGGGCAAGAAGAUGAAGAUAAGGCUGCUCAUCUUGCUGCUGUUGCUGCUGUCGAUUAUCGUAUUUUACCAAACACCUCUUAUAUACCGUUGGCGGAGAACUUCAUGGCUUGGCGGAGGACAAAAGUUCGUCAUAAUUUUGGCAGCCAACGUGGGCGGCGGGGUGACGGAGUGGAAGGGCGCGCGCGAGUGGGCUAUCGAACGAGACUCGGUGCGGAAUAAGAAGAAAUACGUGGGCCGCUGGGGGUACGAGCUCGAGGUCGUCGAUAUGAGCACCAAGAAGCGGUAUGCCCACGAAUGGAGGGAGAGUUGGGAAAAGGUCGAUUUCAUUCGCACAAGCCUGAGGAAAUAUCCCAAGGCCGAGUGGAUCUGGUGGCUUGACCUCAACACGUUCAUCAUGGAGCCUUCCUACUCGCUCCAGAGCCAUAUUUUCGACCGACUCGAGAAGCACGUCUACCGCGACAUCAACGAAUACAACCCCUUGAACAUAUCACACCCCCUGACCGAAAGCUACCUAGAUGCCGAGUCGCAGAGCCCCAUUGGAGACGGAAACGCCAAUUCGGUGAACCUGAUCCUUCCCCAAGACUGUUCAGGUUUCAACCUCGGAUCCUUUUUCGUGCGUCGGAGUGCCUGGACCGACCGGCUGCUGGAUGUGUGGUGGGAUCCGGUAUCAUAUGAGCAGAAGCACAUGGAGUGGGAGCACAAGGAGCAAGAUGCCUUGGAGCAGCUGUACAUCUCGCAACCGUGGAUACGGAAGCACACAGCCUUCCUCCCUCAGCGCAUGAUCAAUAGCUUCCCGCCCGGAGCAUGCUCGGAGAAUGGUAACGACACCCGGAUACACUACGAUCAGCGCGACCGGGACUUCCUCGUGAACAUGGCAGGUUGCGAAUGGGGCCGCGACUGCUGGGGAGAGAUGUACAACUACCGGGAGCUCAGCUAUUACCUGAACCGGAUGUUGUGGGAGCGCUUCAAGGAGGAUUUUGUAGCCGUGAUCUGGUACAAGUUGACAGGCCAGAAAGUGAAGCUAUAG